GCUGUGUAGUAUCGCGUGGCAACAUGGCAGCCGUGAGUCGACUUGCGAAAGCGCUGGCCACUAAAAAUUACAGUUUUAGAUCCCAUUUGCGACCUACGCUCAAUAAUGAUCAGUCUAAAAGGUUCGCAGCACACUUCACAUUCGUUCCCGACACAGUUCCAUCUUCAGAAGGUGAAACAACCCGGAUGAACAUGUACCAAGCGAUCACCGAUGCACUUGACAUUGCUAUGGCUGCUGACCCCACAGCAGUUAUAUUUGGUGAAGAUGUCGUUUUCGGUGGCGUGUUCAGAUGUACAGUCGGUCUGCAGGAUAAGUAUGGCAAGCACAGAGUAUUCAACACCCCCCUUUGCGAGCAGGGAAUCGCAGGUUUCGGUAUCGGCUUGGCCGCGGCUGGCGCCACAGCGAUCGCGGAGAUGCAGUUUGCCGACUACAUCUAUCCGGCCUUUGACCAAAUCGUAAACGAAGCUGCCAAGUAUCGGUACCGGUCGGGCAACCUCUUCAACUGCGGGGGCCUCACGAUCCGUGCGCCGUCUGGAGCAGUGGGCCACGGAGCCCUCUACCACUCCCAGAGUCCCGAGGCAUUUUUCGCUCAUUGCCCGGGGGUCAAGGUGGUAAUCCCCAGGGGCCCCAUCCAGGCAAAAGGUCUCCUAUUAUCCUGCAUCCGAGACCCCGAUCCCUGCAUCUACUUCGAGCCGAAGAUUCUGUACCGGCUCGCGGUCGAACAGGUUCCGGUUCGCGACUACACGCUUCCGCUCGGGAAGGCUCAGGUCCUCCAGGAAGGGGAUGACCUCACCCUCGUGGGUUGGGGCACGCAAGUUCACGUCCUUCACGAGGUCGCUCAGCUUGCCCAGGAUCGGCUGAACGUCUCCUGCGAGAUCAUCGAUCUCGUUACGAUCUUGCCUUGGGAUAAAGAGACCAUCGCAAACUCGGUGAAGAAGACAGGCCGUCUGCUGAUUGCCCACGAAGCCCCGCUUACUAGUGGGUUUGGAGCAGAAAUUGCGGCCAGCAUACAGAACGAAUGUUUCCUCAGCCUGGAAGCACCAAUCCAGAGGGUGACCGGGUUCGACACCCCGUUCCCGCACAUAUUCGAGCCCUUCUACAUCCCAGACAAGUGGAGGUGCUUCGAUGCCGUCAAGAAAGUAGUGAACUACUAAAUUCUAGCACUGAAAAUGAGAAGUCAUUCACGGGUCACAGACAGUGAGCACAAACAGUGCGUGAAUUUGAGAUGGGCUAAACGUUGCAUUUCCCCGUUUCUGUUCAGACACUGACGAGCCUAGAUGAGAUUUUAAGGCCUGUUUCCGGAGCCAGUGCAUGACGAGGAUUUGUCCUUUUGUGUUGUAACAACGAAGAUAUGCUUUGUGCCGGAACUGAAAAAUUCAGUCGAAAGAUCCGGCAGUCAUGACAUUGAAGCCAGUUCUCAUCUCAUACUUUUUCGACAAGAUGAAGCUUUGUUGCAGUUAUCGCAAUUGCGUACACCAGUUACGUGCAAUAAUGGAGCAAUAUUAAAUUUCAUAAAAAUCAGCACAAAAAAUAAACAACUUCAAAUGUUAUAGCGUCGUUACGGAGAUGGCAAUUGAUAAUGCUUGGUUGUCAUUCUGGGUCCCAGGCUCGUCUGAAAGGUGUAAAUGGUGGCAUAAGGUACCGUAAAAGAAAUAAUAUCGUUACAGAAAUAGGGGGUUACUCUGUGCACUUUCUCAGCUGUAAAUAAAUGUAAUUAAACAGUUAA